GCGCUCGGGGCGCAUGCGCAGUGAUUCAACAUCACACAGUGGCGAAUACGUACCAGACCAUUCACCAGCUUAUUACCAGACCAGCUUCACGGACGAAGCAACCCCGAGUGCAAGACGUGAUGAUACCCAGAACGUUUCAUCUACUCCGCCUGCCUACACAACCACUUCUGACGACGCCUGGCCUCACCAGUGGAUCACGCAACACAGCCGAAUAAUGGAUGGGACUAAAAACGUCGACAGUGUCACUGACAAUGGUGGCACAAGGCCCAGCACAAGCCGCCCAGGCAUGGUCCAAGCGUCACCCAAUAUAGAAGGUGGCACCGCGAAUGCUACUGGAACCAGAGGAAGGGAACCGCAAGAGUCCUGCGUUGUCCGAGCACGUGAUCGAUAGUCUGUCAAGAAAUCGAACCACAAAUGAGAAACGUGUGGUAAAUUGUUUAACAGGGCUCAUAGUGUAACUGCACAUUACCGCACGCAUACCGGCGAGAAACCCUACGGAUGCGAAAUAUGCGAGAAAUCAUUCGCGUACAAUUAAAAUUUCCGUUCUCAUCAACGGAUUCACACAGGCGUAAAACCCCAUAUCUGUCAAAUAUGUGCUAAACCAUUCAAAGCAAAGCGGAACCUAAAAUUCAUCUCAUAUCACACAGUAUACUGACAGACCUUUGGUUUGCAACGUAUCUAAUGCCUCCUUUAAGCGUAACUAACAUCUCAGAAGUCACCGCUAAAGAAUUCACGAGGUUAAAAUGCCGUAGGAGUGCAAGCAGUGUGGAUUGCGGUUCGCAAAGAAAGAAUACCUCGACGCACAUCUCUGCCAGAAUAGUAGGUGCCAAUUGUGUGGAGAUACGUUUAGAGAUGCAUCUGAACUUAUUGCCCAUCUCGUGAUGAAUACAGCAUUGAAGUCGUAAAAUUGUGACAUAAGUGGCGAAAGUGGCACAGUGGCGCAAGUGAGGUAAAUGGCCCAGCGUUUUCGCAUAUGAACGUGACCAUGAAUCCAUGCCGGAAAAUAACCCUGACAUUAACCCACAGGGGUGAGAACUAACCGAACGCAUCGUGUGGAGAGACAGCCUUCUUCAAACGCUUAAAACUGCUAAAUGAAAUGGGAGACUUAAAGUAUUGCACCUAUUUUUUUGAAAUUGCGAGACAAAACGUCUCCAGCAGAGUAUGAGAUCCUUGAAUGUGAAGUAUGCUGCAGGCCCUGGCUAGAAAUCACUGCUUGCACAACUACGUUGUUUGCGAAAGUGCCUUUCGCAAACUCAUUUCUAAACAAAGCAUAAUGGGCUGGAAUUUUAUGUUUCAUGCUACUAGAAGGUUGAAACAUUCGCACAAGAUCCUUGACACCUCGUUUUGGUUCGUGCAAGUGUUUUGACAGUGUACUGCUAAACAGGCUUUACCUCACUGUGCUGUGUGCUGAUAAAAGGCAGCUGUUCUCAUUAGGAACUGUUUAAAAAGGAAACACUGUUCUUUUCACCUAAAACACUAAUCUCUGAUAAUGAUUGAGUUCCUUAGGCCUUGCUGCCUUUCAGAGACUGUUUUUACGACAAUAUAAAGACAUAGGAAUGGGGAGAAUUUCCUUACAAACUGUUAAAUACACGUAAUUUUUUGGUUCUCUCUCUGGGUUCUCUCUAUUCAGGUGGAACUUCUGGCAGUUUCAAAGUGCAGUUUCGUAACUUGGAAGUCAUCUCUUUUGACGUGCGCUGCACUCUAGUUACAGAUGUGGAAUUUUUUAGCCUGAUGUGACAAACCUAUCCCUGCGAACAAUGACAGGACGAUUGAGAUGUAGUUUUUAGUUAUAAUAUUGAUCCGCGUACUUCUACAUAUUUUUGCUGUGAAAGCAUUUCACCGAAUGACAAAUGUUAAGUUACAGCUCAGGGCAUGAUGCACCAGCGUGUAUCAGAAAUUCUGCAAUAUUCUCGUCGAUUCUAUUUUGUUCCUAUGUUGUAGUCGAGCCUCUUAUAACCGAAUUGCAUGUGCAACGAGAUCACACUUAUGCAUUAUGGAAGACACGAGAGUAACAAGGAUCACGCUGUAAUCCUCUACGAAUAUUGGGAAAAUAGCCGACGCUGCUUAACCGCAAAUUAUUUUUUCGACGACCGACUCAUGCGCCCGGCACUCUCUUUCUGCCCGAACGUAACUUGUUUUGUUGGUUCCGGUUCGUCCAAUAAAGUGUCUUUCAUGACACGUG